CACGAAUCUCUCUCCCUCGCCGCCGCCACCACCCACGCCGGCCAGUUCCGGUGAGCUCCAGCGGCGCGCAGCACGCCCCCGAGCUCCCCUAGGUCCGCUCCACCUUCCGCCCCAUCCAGAAUCGGCGCUCACGCCCUCCGCCGUCCCCAUGGCUAGCUAGGGUUUCGGCCGCCACCCCUAACAUCGCCGGAAUCAGGCACAUCCGGCGAUGGCGAGGCCAGAGCUCGACGGAUCCGUUACCGGUGUGGCGCAGGUCACCUUGGAGUGGUCUGGACGGCGACGACGGCAGGAGGGCGCCGUCCUUCCUGCUCGAGGAGGCAGAGGACGAGGGGCGGACCUAGCUGGCGGCCCUGUCCUACUCGAGGAGGCGGGGCCUGCCGAGCUCAAGCACGGCCACAACGACCCAGCUUGGCAGUACAGUAGUUUUGGCAAAAAAGAAAAUGGGGAAAGGAGUAUCAGCACGCGAGGAGCAAAGUUCUUUGCUAUCUUGGCUUUACUGAUUCGGAGCAGCAGGCAUCCUCCGUUGACGAUGACGACAACCAGGGCAUCCACCGGCACGACGACGCCCCACACAUGGUCCAACUCAGCUACAACCUCCUCUACCGCGUGACGGCGACUGUGGUUGUGUGCGCCAUCGACUACAACCUCCUCUCAUGUGAAUCCGUCUCCUACCUCUAGCUCCCUCUCUUGUGCUGCUAUAUUAGUACCUUGCUCUGUUUCAUGUGCAUGGGUGAUUUUGUUUGUGCUUGCCGUGCCUGUGUCAUGGAAAAGAUCAUUCCUAUUUACAAGUAAUGAUGAUUUGGAGCAGCACACUUGUUAAAUUCUGCUCUUGUAUUAGACCCCAUUUGUGGUUACUGUGAUGUGCAUUGAUUCAGCCUCCUAGUACUGCA